AUGAUCGAUUGUGGUUGGGGGAGUGUUGAGAAAAUGUCACGUGAAUCAAUGGCUCUUACUGGUGAUGAGAUAAUCGGCAAUACUCCACUUCUAAAAUUGAACAAAAUCACCAAAGGACUAGACGCUACUAUUGCGGUAAAACUCGAGUAUAUGAAUCCAGCUGGAUCCGUAAAGGACCGCAUUGCUUUCAAUAUGAUUGAAACGGCCGAGAAAGAGGGGAAAAUAACUCCCGGCAAGUCGGUUCUGAUCGAACCAACCAGCGGAAAUACGGGUAUAGCGCUGGCGUAUUGCGCUGUUAUCAAAGGCUACAAGUUGAUCCUGGUCAUGCCAUCUACGAUGAGUAUCGAGCGGCGAGCACUACUUAAAGCCUACGGUGCUGAGAUGAGUUUUCCAAAACCUCUGGGAUCUGUUGUGCUCACUGAUCCUGAAAUGACGUUGGAGCAAGUCAUUGAGCGGGCAAAGGAACUAGCAGCGGCGAUACCAAACUCUUAUAUUUUAGAUCAGUUUUCCAAUCCAUCUAAUCCAGCAGCUCACUAUCGUACCACUGGACCAGAAAUCUGGAAACAGACAAAUGGAAAGAUCGACAUCGUUUGCUUCGGUGUGGGUACGGGAGGUACCUUGACUGGUGUAGGACGAUAUCUCAAGGAGAAGAACCCAAAUAUUCAGGUUUAUGCAGUGGAACCAUUCGAAUCAUCGGUCCUUAAUGGGCUACCAGGUGGUCAUCAUAAGAUACAAGGCAUCGGUGCUGGAAUGAUCCCAGAAGUGCUCGAUCGUUCUUUGUUCACUGAAGCUGUGCGCGUACACUCUGAUGAUGCUAUUGCUAUGGCGAAGAGGCUAGCCAAGGAAGAGGCGAUCCUUGGUGGAAUAUCGUCCGGCGCAAAUGUUUGCGCGGCGAUCGAGCUUGCAAAACGCCCAGAAAAUAAAGGAAAGCUAAUAGUCACAACUAUUAAUAGUUUUGGAGAACGUUACCUAUCCACUGUUUUAUAUGCGGAUAUACGUGAAAAAGCGGCAGCUAUGGACCAAAUGUCACUUGAGGAAUCCAUAACGGUGGCGAAAACGUUCCUCGGAAAUUAG